AUGGCAAUCUUCAUGAUCAAUCGCGACUCUCUGAUAAAUUAUCAUCGAACGCUAAAUGAUCUUUUGGAAGAGGAGCUUAUGGGAAACGAGAAAAAAAUUCGAACAGUAAUAUUUACGCCCUUGCGCACAAUAUCUGCCAUGGCGUACACAUAUUUCGCCAUUUUGGUAGUAUUGGUCGUGGCAUAUUUUGCGCCUACGUAUAUCUUCGUAUUACGCAAUCUCAGUCACUUAACUACGAACUACACCCUGCCACUCACCAAGGGAUUCGGACAUCUCUGGAACCUACCCGACAACUUUCUGUAUCAUUUUCAUCUGCCCUUUGAGACGUUCUUAUUAUUAUUAACCUGUAUCACAGCGUGCGGCAUCGAUAGUGUUUUUGGCUUCUAUGUCUAUCUGAUCAUUUCGACGAUGCGCGCCAUGACGUUUAGACUCAUAAAUCCUCUGCCGACCGAAAAGUUCUCGGACCUGCUGAGAACGUGUGUGGUGAAGCAUCAGAAGUUAUUACGAUGCCGCGACACGUUGGAGCACAUCUAUGGGCCCAUUGUCUUUUGGCAUGUUGUCACCAACGCCAUACUUCUUUGCGCGUUGAUAUACGAAGCAAUGCUAUUUUCGAGUUUUGAUCUUGCCAAUCUAUUUGCGUUUCUGACAUACGCUUUAAUAAAACUGCUCCAAACGUUUACGUACGCGUGGUAUGGCACUCUCCUCACAAAUGCGGGCGAGGACUUUCGUAAUGGAAUAUACUUUGGCGAAUGGCCUAAUUCUAGUCUCGAUCGUCACGUGAGAACAAAUGUUAUUUUGAUUAUGAUGCAAAAACCAAUGACUGUAAACGCAGUUUUUACUCCUGUCGAUGUAAUCAUGUUCACAAAUUUCGUGAACACUACAAUGUCCUAUUUCUUCCUGUUACAAUCUGUCAGUGAUAAAGGCGAAUAAAUAUGGACAAAUAUAUAUUUUGUAAACGC